CAAAUAUGUUCGAUUUUACUGUCACUGUCAGAUAUGUGUAAAAGUAAUCUUUGUAUUUUUUUGUAAAACAAGUUUACUAUAUAUAUUUUAACUUUUAAUCAAUAUUUUUAGUUUAUUAAGUUUAGGUGAUAGGCCAAAAAACAUUAUUUUGGAGGUCCUUGAAUCUCUGCGUUCUUCAAACCCUAUAACACCUAUAGCGCGUCAAUAUGAAAGCCUGGUAAUAAUAUAAAUAAAUAACAAACUUGGCAUUUAAUAUAUUUUCCACCAUGGAUAAAUUAACAGUUAUAUCAGGUACUUUAUUUAUGGCAGCUGAUGUUUUUGCCAUCGUAAGUCUUGCAAUGCCCGACUGGAUCAUAACUGAAGUUGGAGGUGACACAAGACUUGGUUUGAUGUGGUCCUGUAUCACUCUCUACAACCGGCCUCAAGUCUGUUAUACUCCAGACCUACAACCCGAGUGGCUGCUUGCUUUAAUUUGCAUAUUUAUUGGAUGUAUAUGCAUAACAACUACUGUGAUUUUGCUAGCAUCUAGCCAUUUUGAUAGAAAUGUGAUACCAUAUGCCCGUUGGGUUGGAUUUGCAGCAAUGGUGGUGUUUUGCUUAGCAGCAGUUAUAUUCCCAAUGGGUUUCCAUGUGGAUGAAAUUGGAGGACAGCCAUACCAACUACCAAACAGCCACCAAGUUGGCAUAUCAUACAUUUUGUUUGUUUUGUCUCUCUGGAUUACUGUGAUAUCUGAAUUAUUUGCAGGCAAGGUUUGCCUGCCUCAUUUUUAGUUUGUAAUUAAUUAAUUGUAAGAUAUACAUUCCAUAGUUUAUAAAAAUAAAGGUUCAUGUGUAUAGUGUAAAUUAAAAUAUUAUGGAAAGUUUUAAA